UUUCGGAACGUACUCUAUCGAGAAAGUUGACAAUUAUUUAGAGUUUUGCGCCAAAUCUGGGCUCGAAUUUGUAGCGAGUAUUGUUAUUGUAUUUGUUGAAAUUUUCGAUCCGAAACAAUGGUCGAGUCUAAGGAUAAACCUGGAAAUCUUCCUUGGGUCGAAAAAUAUCGUCCAAACACACUCGAUGAUUUGAUAUCGCAUAAAGAAAUUAUUAACACUAUCAACAAAUUCAUUGCGGCGAAGCAGCUUCCGCAUUUACUUUUCUAUGGACCACCGGGUACCGGCAAAACAAGUACCAUUUUGGCAUGUGCAAAACAACUUUACACACAAGCACAAUUCAAGUCGAUGGUUUUGGAAUUAAACGCCUCAGACGAUAGAGGUAUUAAGAUAGUAAGAGGACCCAUAUUAAACUUUGCCUCGACAAGAACAAUCUUCGCCGGCAGCUUCAAAUUGAUCAUAUUGGAUGAGGCAGACGCGAUGACCAAGGAUGCACAGAAUGCAUUGAGGAGAAUCAUUGAAAAGUACACAGAAAACAUUCGCUUUUGCAUUAUCUGCAACUACCUGAGUAAGAUAAUACCCGCUGUCCAAUCGAGAUGUACAAGGUUCCGGUUUGCCCCUUUAGCUCCAGAACUUAUUCUGCCGCGACUAGAUUACGUGAUACAAGAGGAGAAACUGAAUGUGACAGACGAUGGCAAAAAGGCGUUAAUGACACUAUCAAACGGCGACAUGCGAAAAGUCAUAAAUGUUCUACAAAGUACAUCAAUGGCGUUCGAUAUUGUAAAUGAGGAUAAUGUUUACACAUGUGUGGGGCAUCCAUUGAAGAAGGAUAUUGAAACGAUAAUUGAAUCUCUAAUGUCCACUGCUGAUUUUCAACAGUGUUACAAUGAAAUCGCAACGAUUAAAUCAGCGAAAGGCUUAGCACUACAAGAUAUAAUCACCGAAAUUCAUUUGCUCGUUAUGAGGAUUGUUUUACCUAUGACCGUUAUUAAUAAGUUGGUCAUCAAAUUGGCGGAAAUUGAAGAGAGGUUGUCACAAGGAUGCACAGAAAAACCGCAGUUGACUGCAUUGAUCUCUGCCUUUUUUAUUUCUCGAAAAAUGGUUACUUUGAAAGCAUAGAUGUAAU